AUGGCGCUCGAUCAAAAGAAUGUAGAGAAUGCCGAAUUCAAGGAGGUGGCAGCCGAAAGUGGCAAUAUCACAGCGCAGCAGAUCCAGGCGCGUUUUGAGACGCUCCGGGAUCUGACUGAGGAGCAGAUGGCAGAUCUCAACAAAAGGCUUGUCAAGAAGCUCGACUGGAGACUCAUGCCAUGUAUCACUCUCAUGUUUUUAAUGAAUUAUCUGGACCGCAUCAACGUAUCCAAUGCCCGCCUUGCGGGACUGCAGAAGGAUCUGCAUAUGAGUGAUACUGUGUGGAACACCGGUAUCUCCACCUUCUAUGUGGGCUAUCUCAUCGGUCAGCUUCCAGGAAAUUUGUGGCUUGCUAAAGCAGAUCCUCGCUGGCUUCUGCCAUCUAUGAUGAUGGCAUGGAGUAUUGGAACGAUUUGCAUGCCAGCCAUGACAAGUGGCGCUGGCUUCGCCGUGUGCAGGUUCUUCAUUGGCCUUUCUGAAGCCCCAUUCUUUCCAGGCAUUACGCUCAAGAACCCAAUGCGAAUGGCAAUUUGGCAUGCCGGUAACACAAUGUCGAAUAUACUCUCUGGCUUUUUAGCUGCCGGCAUCCUAACCAACAUGGACGAAGUUCUUGGUUUGCACGCCUGGCAGUGGUUCUUCAUUAUAGAGGGAGCCGCAUCCAUUCUCGUUGCACUAGUCGGAUACAUUGUGCUUCCAUCUUGGCCACACAACACUAAGUGGUUGUCUCAGGAGGAAACUGAGAUGGCUCAAUAUCGUGUGCAGGUCUCGAAUGGUGGGCGUGAAGAGGAGCUUGGAGGCACAUGGGAUGGACUCAAAGAAGCAGCAAAGGAUCCUUUCACGUGGUACUUUUGCCUCAUGCACUUCGCCCUUGUCACGGCACAGAGCUUCAAGGAUUUCCUACCAUCAAUUAUGAAAACCUUCCAUUUCGACACCCUUACCACCUAUCUCGUGCAAGCUCCUCCUUAUGCAAUCGCUUACGCCGUCGCAUGCGGUCUUGCAUACACCUCAGGACGCUUUCAAGAAUCGUGCCUCCAUAUCGUCAUACCAAUCCUGUUCAGUGCGGUCGGAUGUAGCGUGCUUAUUGGGACCUUGAAUGUGGGUGCUCGCUACUUUGGCCUCAUUCUACUCAUCAGCGGUACCUACUCUGGGCUCAAUCUGCAACUGAGCUGGGAGACUACCUUAGUUCCGGCUCCGAGAAGUAAGAAAGCGGCACUGAUCGCGAUCGCAAAUUGCAUCAGUCAGGUCAGCCAUUGGUUCAGCCCAUACUUCUUUCCCACAUCCCAGGAGCCGUUCUAUCGGAUGGGCGGUGGCCUCAUCCUUUUUGGCUGCGUCGCUUGUGUUGUCUCCGCUGUACUUAUCAGAUGGCGAGCGGUCAGACUCAAUAAGAGGCUGGAUGAAGCAGAGGGUUGGUCUGAGCAUACAGGGGUGGAGCGUGGAUGGCGUUAUGUAUAUUAG